AUGGUGCGUGGGCCGCGGCAGAAAUCGACGUACGAGUUAUCCGCAGCGAAUGGAACGGUGAUCCAUACCUACGGAACCGAGACUUUAACAUUAAAUCUCGGAUUACGACGGAACUUUACGUGGCGAUUCGUACUCGCAGAUGUGUCGAGGCCGAUUAUCGCGGACUUUCUGUCUUACUACGGACUCCUGGUGGACUUGCGGAAUCGUCGGCUAGUCAAUCAGGCGACGGGACUCGUAGCCGGGGGACGUAGUGCACAGUGCGGAAUGCCGACCAUACGAACGGUGACGGGAGUGACGCCGUAUCAUAAACUCUUAGCGCGAUAUCCGGACAUUGUACGACCUGACGGGCGCCCGAAAGAGGUGCGACAUAACACGAAACAUUUUAUCGAGACGACCCCGGGGCCGCCGGUAGUGUGCAGACCGCGGAGACUUGCGCCGGAUAAAUUGACCGCAGCGCGAAAAGAGUUCCAAAAAAUGAUGGAGCUCGGUAUCGUGAGACCGUCGAAAAGUAGUUAG